AUGCGUGGCUCUCGGGCGUGUUCGCCGCGCCUGGAAAGACGCAGAAAUAGACUGUGGCAGCAAACGCAGGCGAACAGCACGGAACCGAGAAACGCGCGCGAAAGGAAACGCAGGGGGAGGGCUCUCGAUCUAGACUUGACCGCGGCCAAUGCAGUGAGGACCGCACUACAAGCCGAGAAGCGGAGGCUUAGGGGGCGAAAGACGAGCGGCCAGACACCAGCAGACGGGAACAAAAUGGACGAGAGCAAAACGUCGCGAAGGAGCAAGGCCUCGACGCGUCAGAGACGGAGGACGCCGACGUCAAGUCUGGCAAAGACAGCAGAGAGCGAGAAACGAAGCCAGACGAUAAAGCUCAACAGAAAGAAGAAAACGAAGACGGAGCUGCCACGCGACGCCAACCCUGCUGCAGUCUUCUGCAAGGCUUCGUUGUGCGGGGCAUUCACCCGCUGCCAGAGGCACCCCACUUAG